UCCGCCUUAUUCAAUUUUCAAAGUUUAUUGACGGUUAUUUUAUUAUUAAUAUGCACUUGUACGUAUUUAAGAGCAAUCGUUCCCAGUCUAUUGGAUCGUAAUAAAGUUGGAUUUAUGGGAACGUUUUGGAAAUGUGCAAGAAUUGGAGAAAGAAAGAGUCCUUAUGUCGCAUUUAGUUGUAUAUUAAUGGCCAAUGCUAUUUUAUUUUGGUCAUAA